AUGAGAAAUAUUUCUUACAAAAAGUUCAUUUACAUAGCGGUCCUCAAUGGCUGCCUCUUGUACCUCAUCCAACAAUGGCCAAUGAAAUCCCUUAUGGAUAAGAAAAAACCACUCUUAACAUCGAUAAAAAGAUCUGUGGUUAAGAGACUCAUUGAGAUGAGUGUCCUGCAGUGUCCCCAUACUUUACCACCACAGCCACAAGAUUUGGACGUGGUGCAAGGUACCUGGCAGGUCGAACAUCACGGGAGAGAAAAAGUCUACUUAUACUCGGCGUUCUACGACGACCGGCCACUUGCCGGUAUAUUACCGACGAUUCGAGUAUUGGCGAUGGCCACAAACGCAAAGCAAAUGAAUGCCUACUGCCACGUCUGGUUCGACGAAUAUCCCAAUAGAGCCCUAGUCGUGGAAGGAGAUGUGCGAGAAACCGGUAUGAACACAUUCGGUUAUGACGGUGUCGGUACGUUGUACGAGUACACGGUAUCGUGUCAGCUACCGUUCAAGUAUUUGCACAUCACUGGUGAUCGAGUGAUAGCGAGUGAGAUGUAUAAUUCGAGUUGCCAGGAGUUUUUUAACAGCAACGACGGAGAGGUUAAAAUAAAGAAUAUGCACGUUCAGCAGGGUAAGACAUUGCUAGUCUGCAAUAAACUAAAUAUCAAUGAAGAGGUAGAGAAGUUAAUACCUAUGUACGUAUCGUUAAGUAGGGAUGUUACGUGCAAAUUACCGACGGAGCGAUUCCCGGUAAAAGCUCACAACUCUAUGAACAACAAUUUUCACCUUCAGCAACAACCGCAGCCGCAACAACAACACAAAACGUUAAACCAUCGCAGCAACGAAAACAGCAACAACAACAACAACAACCACGACAGCAAAAACGCCACGGACUUAUUCUACCAUACAACAUUCUUACCGAUUUUUUAUGAAUUCCACGAAAAACCGUUAGUCGAGUUCUCGAUCUGUGUGGCGAACGGUCACGAUCGGUAUGAUCCGUAUCAAUUACUCGAAUGGUUCGAAUACUACAAAAUGAUGGGCGUCAAAGAGUUCAACCUCUACAACACAAGUUACUCUGGCGUCGAGUCUCUUUUCAAAUUCUACGAAAAAGAAGGCUCGUUAAUCAUGUCCCAAAUACCGCACCCUUUCGGUAUUCAGUAUAGGGAUACAAAAAAGCAAAACAAAAUUCGAAAUUUGAGAUCCGUAUCUCUGAACGACUGCAUGAUGCGCAAUAUGUACCGAGCCAAGUACUUGGUAGUAAUCGAUCACGACGAGUUUAUCGUACCGCGUGACAACAUCACAAAUUUCCACGACUUACUCGUGAGUGCAGAGAGGACGGCCAGUAAGAAGGACAAGCCGGUGAUGUCUUACGGAUUCCUAAACACCUACUACUUCCUCUCAUUCAAUCCAGAAAAAUACAAAUCAAACAAAUUCCGAACAUUACGGUUCCUACACCGAACGAAACCGUUACCACCGUAUACCGGUUCCAAAUCAAUACUAAGCCCCUUGUACUGUUACAACCUCAUGAACCAUUACUGUUACACGAGACUGCCUUUCUACAAUGGGACGCUGUCGAUUUUCGUAUCUGAAGCUGUCGCACUGAGCCACCACUACCGAUUUUGUGGUAAGUUCUUGCUACUGGAAACGUGCACGCAACUGCACACUUCCAAAAUUAAGGAUGACUCGAUGCUAAAGUUUGAGGAUUCUAUUGUCGAGAAUGUUCAUAAGGUAGCCAGGCUGUUGAGCUUAGUGGCUAGCUAG